AUGCCGCGGGCACGCGCCUGCUUCCUUGCCGCCCUGCUCCUGGGGGCGCCCACCGGAGCCGUCCAGCUGCAGAGCGCCGCCGCAGCCGAGGCCUCCACCGCGACGGGCGUCUCCACCGACACACCGUUCGUCGAGACGCUCGAGGACACGCCGCCGGAGCUCCCAGGACAGGAGGAGAACGCGACACAGGCCGCCUCGGACCCAGGGCGCAUGUGCACCGCAUCCAGUCUCGCCUGUGGCCCAGCUCGACCGAGGAGCGCUGGCUGUUUCGUGUGGCUGCCCAGCGGCUGCAAGACCCCGCAUCACUUCCACGCGAAGUUUCAUUGGCGGAGGGACACGUGGGGCGAGGCGAACGCGCAGGCGGGGCAGAGCGAGAAGGCGUGCAAGGCCCGCAAGCAAGCAUUCGACGCGUGGUGCGGUGUGACGGACACCGUCAUGCUGCUGACAUCUCCUCGGGAGGUCCUCGUGGAAGAUGAAGGGGGACAGGAGGAGGCGCCAGAGGCGCCAGAGGCGGUGCCGCAGGCAGUUGCCGAGGCUGACGCGGCGGCCGAGGAGGCGCGGGCCGCGGACGUGGUCGACUCGCUGCCCGAGGCGGCGCCGGCCCUCCCCAGGAGCACGGGCUGCUUCGUGUGGCUGCCCAGCGGCUGCAAGACCCCGCAUCACUUCCACGCGAAGUUUCAGUGGCGGAGGGACACGUGGGGCGAGGCGAACGCGCAGGCGGGGCAGAGCGAGAAGGCGUGCAAGGCCCGCAAGCAAGCGUUCGACGCGUGGUGCGGUGUGACGGACACCGUCAUGCUGCUGACAUCUCCUCGGGAGGUCCUCGUGGAGGAUGAAGGGGGACAGGGGGAGGCGCCAGAGGCGCCAGAGGCGGUGCCGCAGGCAGUUGCCGAGGCUGACGCGGCGGCCGAGGAGGCGCGGGCCGCGGACGUGGUCGACUCGCUGCCCGAGGCGGCGCCGGCCCUCCCCAGGAGCACGGGCUGCUUCGUGUGGCUGCCCAGUGGCUGCAAGACCCCGCAUCACUUCCACGCGAAGUUUCAGUGGCGGAGGGACACGUGGGGCGAGGCGAACGCGCAGGCGGGGCAGAGCGAGAAGGCGUGCAAGGCCCGCAAGCAACCGUUCGACGCGUGGUGCGGUGUGACGGACACUGUCAUGCUGCUGACAUCUCCUCGGGAGGUCCUCGUGGAGGGUGAAGGGGAAAGGGGGAGGCGCCAGAGGCGCCAGAGGCUGUGCCGCAGGCAGUUGCCGAGGCUGACGCGGCGGCCGAGGAGGCGCGGGCCGCGGACGUGGUCGACUCGCUGCCCGUGGCGGCGCCGGCCCUCCCCAGGAGCACGGGCUGCUUCGUGUGGCUGCCCAGCGGCUGCAAGGCCCCGCGCCACCUCCACGCGAUGUCUCACUGGCGGAGGGACGCGUGGGGCGAGGCGAACGCGAAGGCGUCGCAGGGCGAGGAGGCGUGCAAGGCCCGCAAGCACGCGUUCGACGCGUUCUGUGGUGUGA